AUGCCCCCGUCCACCGUCUUCUCCUACUGGCGUCGAGACCACCGCCGCUCCACCGCGCCGCCCAUAUCAGCGCCCGCGUCAUCGCCAGGUCCCAAAGGUGCAAUAGACGGUCCGCUCAGCACGCCUCCUCAGCUUCCUCAGAUCCCAGACACACCUAUCCUUACCACGUCGUUCGAUGAACAAUUCUCGCACGAUGCCCCGCCGUGGACCGACUCCGCACUGGAGAGCGAUGCCUCCAAGCUCAUCAACUCCUCCGUAGCGCCGCUGUCCUCCUGCGUUAGCCUUGCUGUCUCGUCUCCGUUGCAAGAGAAAGAGAAAGAGAACCAGAACCGUCCGUAUUCAAGCCCCGGAGAUUACGAAGCCAUGCCCGAGCCCGAGCCCGAGCCCGAACCUGUCUUUACAACACAACACAACAACUCACAACUCUCAGUUGGCGGGCUACGGCCAGAGGGAGAUGGCGAGUCUAACUCUAAGCCUACGUCACCUUUUCGACUCUCAUUUGGAGGAAAGGGAUUACGGAAUUUGCAAACGUCUGCUGGCGAAUCUCAGAAGCGCUCGCCGACUGCGGCACCGGGCACAAGUCAUCUUCGGAUCAGACCUUCGCCCGAGGAGUCACCGGCCGAUAAACCAUUCGUACCACCAAGGGAUAUCAGGUCGGAAAGUUCAGUUGCUCGGAGGGCCGGCGAACGCGAUGUCUCUGUGGAUAAUUCCCACCACAAAUCAGGAAAGACAAUGCUGCAUCUCCUGAACCCGAUGUCUCUGCUCGCACGCAGACGUUCGUCUCAGAUGGGGAACCACCGAAUUGACGAACCAAAAAAUAAGUCGUCAAACAUAAUUCCUGCGAUUCCAGACGACUACGAUCCCCGAAUUCGAGGAAACAUUGUUCACGACUUCUCAGCUCCUCGGCCUCGCCGCAAUGUAUCAGGCACCCUGAGCGGCCCGCCUGAUGGGGGACAAGAUGCCUCACCAUCGCAGCCUACCGUUCAGAGCCCCACAAGUCGUUUUAGUGAUCCAGCGAAGAGACACAGCGAUCAUUCCCCUGUUUUCAAAGAACACUUCGAGGACGACCAAAACGUGUUGCAGGUUGAGAAUAAGGGUUACCUCCAGUCGAGCCUGCUAACAAACCCUACCCAACCGGGAUACGAAAAGUCCUUGCCGCCUUUUGCUAAGAAUUUGCCCUCUUGCCUACCGGACCACAGCCCCAAGGGAGUUGAGCACACCGUCUCUCCACCAUUCGAACUACCGGCAGAGCUUCCCGGGGAUUUCCCUGCAAGCUCACCCAAAUCCAGUCCUCCACCAUUGCAACAAGACGACGAUACAAUUCCAAAUGUGCCCCGGCCUCCCUCCUCAGGAUUACCAAGACACCUCAGAAGCAAUGCUUCGAGGUUUAGCUUCGACAUGGGGGGCGUGGAGUCGUCUACCCAGGAAAAAUUACUGGAGGAGAAACACAAAGCGAAAGAAGCUGCGCGCAAGCUGGAGGACGGCUACUUUGAUGACUUUGAUGAAGAUUUUGAUCAAGACAUGUUGGAUGAUUUCGACGGCCUGGAAGAAAAGAUCCCCGGUGUGAAUGCCGACGCUGAUGACGACGACUACUUUCGUGCACCGCCAGCCCCUGAUAUCAAAUCUUGGGCUGUUCCAGGAUUGUCACCUGUGGUCGCCAGUCCGAUCGCACCUGCACCUCCUGAACUCCCACCUGCACCAGUCCCACGAGAAGAACCGAAUGCAGCACCGCCUGCACAAGAAUUUGCAGAGGAACCCGCAGGUGAUGAUACAUCCGAGUCACAAGAGGUGCAGCAGCCUGCUCCCGUUGGUCUGGCUCCUCCGGCCGCAGAUAAGGGCAAGCAAGUUCUUGAUGAAGAGGACGAUGACUUGUACUUCGAUGACGGCGAGUUUGGAGAUUUGGACGUUGAAAACCAAAGUGGAGGCUUUGACGAGUCCAUCUUCGAUGACGAGACUAGCCACUUAUACGAACGAAAGCGAGUGGGAGGACCGGCUUUGCCUCCACCCCCUCUAAACGCAGAACCCAAUAAUGAUGUCCUAGAAAGAGAAAUUCUGCUUGAGGAGAAUGCCAGUCAAGGACUCAAGCAUAUGCCCAGUGUGGCCAGUGAAUAUCAAGCGCUGGCGAUCAAGCGUGGGCCGCUUGGGGAGCCAAUCCCUAAUAUGGGACCUGCACGGGCUCACGGCGGCGUCUUGACAGAACAGAACCUGGAAGUAUUGCAUAAUGCCUUGGCGUUCGCAGCAAACGAAGCAACAGCCAAGGGCAAUUUUGAGCGCACUUUCAGCACAAGCGAUCGAUCUCUGGCACAAGAAAGCAUUUCUCAACCAUCCCACACAGGCGAGUCACAGCCAGGACUGGUAUCAGAUGAUAGCCAUCUGAGUCAAUUGGUCGACAUGGCCGCAUACGAAGAUUCUUAUGAUGACCAGAUCUUUGAUGACGAUCUUUAUUAUGACGACCCAAUUGUUGCAGCCGCCAAUGCGGAGGCACUGGAGUGUGACGACGAAGGAUUCUAUGGCCAGGAAUUUGGCUUCUACGCGCAAGCACAUGGCAGUUCCGAGAUGACAAACGGUGGCUACUUUGGCCCGCGAGGCGUUGAGGGCAUCUCGCGCAGCUUCAGCAGCCGCGGCAAAUUCCAAGAGCCCAGUCUGACUCCCAUCACCGAACGUAGUGAAUGGAGCACACGCAAUUCGGUCAUCUCGCUGAAAGCACACGGGGCCACUCACUCGAACCCGUCUUUGGCAAGCCCAGGCUUAGCCCAGCUAGUCGAUAUGGGAAACCUUGAUGACGAGAUGUCGCUCAGCGCGCUCAUGAAGUUGCGCCGGGGUGCAUGGGGUGGCAGCAAUGGCAGUCUGCGGAGCAGUGCCGGCAGUCCGCCUCCCCAUAACCUGUCUUCCUCGAAUCGUGGUAGCUUUGUGGAAGCCAGCCCUUCCGAUGCUCGACCCUCUGGCGAUGACUGGUUUGAGAGCAUGGGAUAUCAGCAAGAUGACGGCCAUGGCUAUACAGCUUCACCACUCAAAGACGCUCAUCUUGGUCGUUCCGCCGAUCUCCCGUCAAGCGGACACAACGGGCCGAGUUGUGCGGCAUACGGCGAUGAUAUACCGACUACAGGGAGCCAGCGACCCAAUGGAUUGUAA